UCUUCCCGCUGUAAAACGAUUUUUGUAUAUAUAGUGUCCCGUCUUCGUUCUAAGAAAGACGCGAUUUCUGUGAAUGUUUAAGAUUCAAUUUUUGUCGCGUAUAUCAUUGCAUACAGUGCAAAUAAGUAUCAUUUCACUUGCAAGGAUCUAAGAAUACUUAUCUGUGAAAUUUUGAAACAACUACUUAAUUAUUGAAUUAAUUAAGGAUAAUAUUGGCUCGAAGGAUCAAUACUAUUUGUGUCAUUACAUAAUACCAAAUGUGCAAUUAUUAUUGUGGUUCUCUUUCCUAGUGGAAAUCACUAAUCAAGUAACUCUAAAAGAAUUUAUUGCUCACACCUUGUUUGGCUAUAAGUGACGCAAUAAUUUUAUGAUGAAAUUAUAGAAUGGAAUACAGUGGAGAGUCGUUUUUAAAAAUACUCAACGACGAUUCACCUAUCACUUACGCAAAUGCGACACAAGUAUCGCAAAAUAGUUCAAUAAAAUGGGACGAUGAUGAUGAUUCUUUCGAGGUCAGUGAGGUGACCAAUGUUGCAUCGAGUGACCAGAGUUUAGCCGACGCUCUUAGAUCAAUCGAUACUUCAACUCAAGAGCUACAAAAUGUCCGGUCUCCUAGUGUCUCAUUUGCUCAGGCACAACCUGGUAUCAAUAGGCAAACAAGUCUUAAAGAAGAACUUAAAGCAAAGAUUCAAACCAGGAGAAAAUCUGAGGGAGUCGGUGAACUGCGUGUUAAGUUCGAGCCUCCAAAAUCCUAUGCGCUAACGCAUGAAGAGAAAGUCAAAGUGGAAAAGAGAAAGCAUCGUAACAGAUUGUCAGCAAACAAAAGUCGGCAACGGAGAAAAGAACAGGAGGAUACUUUGGAAAAGGAAGUUGAUGAAUUGCAGAAGAUAAAUGGUGAACUUUCCAAAGAAGUCAAAUUACUUAGAAAGGUUAAACAUCUACUUCAUUUAAAAUUGGAAAAUCAUCAGUGCACCAAACGUGUUUCUGCUUCAUCACAACCGUAUGAGCAUGCGUGCUCCAAUGGCAACGUUACGACGUCAGCUACAAGUACUUGCACAAGAGAAAGUAUGACGUCAUCAUCGAUUGGAAAAAUAACUUUAAGGAGUACUGACGGGCAUACCGGUGGUCGAACAAUAUUAACAAAAUCAUCGACAAGAUGUUUUGAACCCUUGACUGUUUGAUUUAAUGAGGUGUACAUUAUUGUUGUUGUUGUUAUUAUUGUUGUUGACGUUGUUAUUUUGUUGUUGUUCUUGAUUUACAUCUAUUCCAACAACCAUAUUGUUGUGUUCAUGAAUUGUAAAGAAUUAGUACAGUGACGUUUUAUCAGACGUAUGUUCUUUGCUUUCAAGUAACUUUGGCAAUAGCAAAAUGUUUUGUUACAUACAUAUCACUUAAAUCAUAAGUAAAACAAUUAUGUUUUGAUCUUCUUUCGUUCAUUCAUAUAUAAUAGUCUGCACUAAAACUUGUCGCAAUGGUCAAAUAUGUUGCUUACCAGCAGGUUAAAGAUUUAAAUGAUAGACAAAAAUAAAUGAUUAUAUGUGUAUAUUUAAACUAGAUCGCUGUGUGUUAAUAGAAAUGGUGAAUGUCUUAGUGUAACAUUAUCUAGAUAUACAGUAUUUUUUAGCUCACCUGUCACAAAUUGACAUGGUGAGCCCUUGUGAUCGCUUUUCGUCCGGCGUCCGUGCGUUGUCGGUCCGUAAAAUUUUAUUUUAAACGACAUCUCCUCUUAAACCGCUAAGCCAAUUGCAUCAAAACUUCACAGGACUGUUCCUUUGGUGGUCAGAAUCCAAACUGUCAAAUUCCAUGCUGAACUCUGGUUGCCAUGGUAACCGAAAUAAAAAUCUUAAAAUAUCUUCUUAAAAUAAAACAAAGAGCUAGAGCUUAGAUAAUUGGCAUGAAACAUCUUUGUGAGUUUCAACCAACUUUGUUUGAAUAAAAGUUCUGGGGUCAAAAUUGGCCCCGCCCCGGGGUCAUUAAUUUUCCUUAUAUGUAAAGAUUAAAAACUUUAAAAGAUCUUCUUAAAAAAACAAUAGGUAGAGCUUAGAUAUUAAGCAUGAAAUGAUUUCUAGUAAGUGUAUACCAAAUUUGUUCAAAUAAAAGCCCUAGAGUCAAAAUUGCCCCCCCCCCACCCCUGGGGUCAUUGAUUUUCCUUAUAUGUAUAUAGUAAAAACCCCAAAGAGCUUGAGCUUAGAUAUUUGGCAUGAAACAUCUUCUAGUGACUGUCUUCCAAGUUUGUUCAAAUAAAAGCCCUGGGGUCAAAAUAAGCCCCGCACCAGGGGGCGGGGGUCAUUGAUUUUCCUUUUACAUUUUAUGUAUAUAGUUAAAACAAACAAAAAACAUCUUUUAUGAAACAUCUUCUAGUGGCUGUCUUCAAAAUUGUCCCCACACUGGGGGUCAUUGAUUUUUCUAUAUGUAUAGUGUAAAAACUUGAAAAGUCUUUUCAGAAACCCAAAGAGCUAGAGCUUAGAUAGUUAGCACGAAACAUCUACUAAUAGGUGUCUACCAAGUUUGUUUAAAUGAAAGCCCUUGUUCAAAAUUGGCCCGCCCAGUUGUUAUUGAUUUUCUUUAUAUGUAUAUGGUAAAAAAUUUUCAUUUUAUGUACACAUCUUUUUUAACACAUGAACUUUGUGAUAUCAAUUUAGAUUUUCAAUCUGCUUUUGUUUACAGUGCACAAUUCUACACUUCCUUUUCGUGAAGAGUUUCUAUAUUCAGGUGAGCGAUUUUAGGGCCAUCAUAGCCGUCUCGUUUAAUCUAUAUCACACUUCAGUUCCAGAUAGUAUGUAUAACCAUAAAUAUCCUGUUGUACCAACUUUGUAUCUCAUUUUAAAAUUCAUUCAUUUGAUUGUUGAAUAAAUAGAUUGUAUCAUUGA